AUGUCACAAACCACAAUACCUCGAACGCCAACUCCCGAGCCGCUACUCGAUGAUGAUCUGAGCUCAAUCGCAAGCCCAACUCGCUCGAAGAGCCCUUUCUCUGGUUCUCAUAGCCGCUUGUCAGCCAUAAUGACAACACCACCUCCUUCGACCCAAAUUCCGAACCCGAUUGCAAGGCCUUUGAGUGCGACUUCGUUUGAUAGGGGGAGCUUUCACUCGCAUCACCACCUCCGACAUUGCGGCUGGAACCUCCGAUAUCCGCCGGAGCUCUAUUUGGCGAAGUACCUUCCAUGGAAACGGUUGAAGGUUCGAAGCCUUCUUUCUGAGCUGUUACCGGCUUUGGGAGAAGCCAGGAUUACUGCAGCCCAUUCCAAACUUCAACAUAGUCUUCUCACCAUUGAGACGGAAGAAUCAAAGAAGAGAGCUGAAGUUGAGCAUGAAGCGACAAAGCGCGAGGUUCAAGUACUUCAGGAAAACAGUCCUGCCCCUGCUCACGUGAUGAGCCCGAUCGCGUCUCCACAAACACCUUCUCAAAGGACUACGGAGAUUGCCCUGUCACAUUGUCGAGACUUGCAACGAGAAAAUGGAGUGCUUGAGAAACGGCUGAAAGCCUCUAAGAAGCUGAUUGCUCGGUUGGAUAGCAAGAAUGCUGAUCUCACAGACCAUAUCCAAUUACUUCGCCAAAGAAUCAAAGACAACCGUAAUCAUAUGAACGACCUGCAGGACCGUGGCAUCAUAUCACUCACUGGUACGCCUCGUCAUGAAUUCGCCACCCCAAAUAAUAGGGAACCCCCGAGAACACCGGCUACUCGUCGAUUAGCUGAAGACAUUGGCAGUCGGCAGACUCCUUCGCAAACUCCCUUCGAUACCCUCCUACAGGCUGCGAAUCUGAAUAGCGCGGGUUUUAGUGUUCCCUCAAGUCCCAGCCAACAGCGACAGAGGGGGGUUCACAGUCACAUGCGUGGGACACACUCACUUUCAUCGUUACCGACGACUCCUCAGCGGAGGCCAGUCACUGCAGAAGCAACUAUGACUGGGCCGUCAGGGAGGUUUGAAGACCAUAAGGUCAACUUUUCAGCUUCAGGUACUCAAAGCCGACCACAGGAUGACCGUGAGAGUACAAUCUCCGCUUCAGAUAAUGAAGACAACCUGGAUGAUGAAGACGGCCUUCCGGGCUCGCAAGCGAGUCAAGUUGCUUCACAAAUGCUCCGUCGGACGUUGGAGGGACAAAAUAGCCACAGAUCUCCCUUGAAAGAGCAUCUGAGUCCUAGUCCAAUGAGACAGUCAAAGCUAUUUGGUCACACGAAGAAGCCUGGUACAAUGCCAUUGAAACGACCGGCGGACGAUGAUGUCUACGAUGAUUCAAUCAGAAAGAACAAACUGCAGAAGACAGCACAUCGAGGUUCGGAUAGGAUAGGCUUGGGGAUUGGAAGCUGGCCAAGCCCUGGAUGA